AUGGCGCUAGAGAGGCAGUCCGCUACGCGAGGACUGGGGGAGCUGCGUGUGACUGCAGCCGCCGUGCCCGCUUCUGCAGGCUACCCCCACAGCAAUCAGCCGUCUUUGCGGCAGCGAAGCAAAGGCUCAAAGUCUUAUUUUGCAUUUUGUUUUCCUUCUGCAGCUGUCUCCAACCUGGAUGCAGAGAGCAAACUGAGUGUCUAUUACCGAGCACCUUGGCAUCAGCAAAGAAAUAUCUUCCUCCCCUCCACGAGGCCGCCGUGCGUGGAGGAGCUGCACCACCACGCCAAGCAGAACCUGCGAGCCUUGCGCAGAGAGCAUCGAAACCGAGGUGAUAUCAGAGAGCAAAAAGUCCAAGGCUCCAUCUCUGUGGUGGCUCCCCCUUUUCCUCCCUUCCCUGCAAUCUGCAGUCAAAAGAGACAAGCGAUAAAGGACCGGCACUUGCUCCCUUUUAGCAGCACCCGCUCGCCCUCCCCAAUUGAGUGUUGCCACAUGACCCCAUGGAGUAGAAAGUCCCAUCCACCAGAGGACGAAGAUACAGAUGUCAUGUUAGGGCAGAGGCCGAAAAAUCCAAUACAUAAUAUCCCUUCUACACUGGAUAAACAAACCAAUUGGAGUAAAGCACUACCUCUGCCAACUCCAGAGGAGAAAAUGAAACAAGAUGCCCAAGUGAUUUCUUCUUGCAUUAUCCCCAUCAAUGUCACUGGAGUUGGUUUUGACAGAGAGGCUAGUAUACGCUGCUCUCUUGUUCACUCACAAUCUGUACUACAGCGGAGACGAAAGUUGAGGAGGAGGAAAACCAUCUCUGGCAUCCCCAGAAGAGUGCAACAAGAAAUAGAUUCCGAUGAAUCGCCGGUGGCAAGAGAACGCAAUGUGAUUGUGCAUGCGAACCCGGACUUUGCUGCCGCCGCCAACCGGAGGUCGGGCACGCGGGACUCGGAGUGCCAGACUGAGGAAAUCCUCAUUGCUGCUCCCUCCCGAAGACGGAUCCGAGCGCAGAGAGGGCGGAGCGUCGUCGCCUCCCUGUCACAUCCUGCUGGCAACAUUUUGGUGCUAGCAGACAACGGAGAUGCCGUGUUUGCUACCGCAGUGAGCAACCGCAUCCGCUCACGGAGUCUUCCUCGCGAGGGUGCGAGAGCCAACGAGGGUGAUCAGGAUGCCAGUGCCAAAAGCUCAGCAUACGAAGCAGAACGCUUUCUAGCAAGCCAGGAAAGGAUCCCGAGAAAGGGGAAGGAGGUCAUGAACAAACAGGGUUCACAGGAACAUCAGCCCAUAGGUUUAACGUGUCCUCAGCACUUGCACAGCCCAGAUCACAGCAUCGGUGAGAGAGGCAGAUCACGGCUCUCAAGGAUGGCAGAUUCAGGAAGCUGUGAGAUUUCCUCCAACUCGGAUACCUUUGGGAGCCCCAUCCACUCAAUCUCCACAGCAGGAGUCCUGCUCAGCAGCCACAUGGACCAGAAAGAUGACCACCAGUCCUCCAGUGGGAACUGGAGUGGGAGCAGCUCCACAUGCCCCUCUCAGACAUCCGAAACCAUUCCCCCUGCUGCCUCUCCUCCGCUGACGGGCUCUUCGCACUGUGACUCCGAGCUGUCGCUGAACACCGCUCCCAAUGCCAACGAGGACUCCAGCGUCUUCAUCACAGAGCAGUUUGGCGACCACCUGGACAAGGUCAGAGGCCACAGGGCAAGCUCCUUCACCUCCACAGUAGCAGACUUACUGGAUGACCCCAACAACAGCAACACUAGUGACAGCGAGUGGAACUACCUGCACCACCACCACGACGCCUCCUGUCGCCAGGACUUCAGCCCCGAGCGCCCCAAGGCCGACAGCCUGGGGUGCCCGAGUUUCACGAGCAUGGCCACUUAUGAUAGCUUCCUCGAGAAGAGCCCGUCUGACAAGGCAGACACCAGCUCACACUUCUCCGUGGAUACAGAAGGAUACUAUACUUCCAUGCACUUUGACUGUGGUCUCAAGGGUAAUAAAAGUUAUAUUUGCAACUAUGCAGCCGCGGGCUCUGAGAGUGGCCAGAACACGAGUGUGACCUCCAGCCUCACUGAGUGCGCCUGGCAGGACUGCAUGAACCACAGGAGGCAAGGAAGGCAGAGCAUCUCUCUGAAGAAACCAAAGGCAAAGCCAGCCCCACCAAAACGCAGCUCGUCUUUGAGGAAAUCUGAGAGCAGCACGGAUCUUCCAGAAAAGAAAGAACCAAAGAUAAGCAGUGGGCAGCAUGUAUCUCACACUUCCAGGGAAAUGAAGCUGCCACUUGAGUUCUCAAACACACCUUCCAGAGUGGAAAACUCUAAUCUGCCAACCAAACAGGAGCUCUCCUGGGCAAACCAGAAUGACAGUGGAUUAAAGGACACUCAGUUUGACACCACAGAUAUUCCGUCGUUUAAAGAUGAAGGUGCUGAACCAUCCCACUAUGCAGAUCUCUGGCUUCUAAAUGACUUGAAAUCUAAUGAUCCCUAUAGGUCUUUAUCCAAUUCAAGCACUGCUACGGGUACUACAGUCAUAGAGUGCAUCAAAUCCCCAGAGAGCUCUGAAUCCCAAACAUCACAGUCCGGAUCAAGGGCCACCACCCCAUCCCUCCCUUCUGUCGAUAAUGAGUUUAAGCUGGCCUCCCCAGAGAAGCUGGCAGGGUUAGCAUCCCCCUCCAGUGGAUACUCCAGCCAGUCAGAAACGCCAACCUCUUCCUUCCCAACAGCUUUCUUCUCUGGGCCUUUGUCUCCUGGCGGCAGCAAGAGAAAGCCAAAAGUACCAGAAAGGAAGUCGUCACUGCAGCCACAGCCACUGUCCAAAGACGGCACUGUGCCUGCAAGCAAAGACCUGGAGCUUCCCAUUAUACCUCCCACUCAUCUUGACCUAAGUGCUCUUCACAAUGUCUUGAACAAACCAUUUGCUCACAGGCACCAGCUGCAUGCGUUCAACCCCAACAAGCAGAGCAUGGUAGGAGAAGCGCUGACUCCCAAUCCUUCUGCCCUUGCCAUCACACCUUCCGUUCUAAAAUCUGUUCACCUUAGGUCCGUUAAUAAGCCUGAAGAGGUGAAGCAAAAAGCUAUCACUACAGAGCUGCUCUGCGUACAAGAAACCGCGCUACUGGGGAGCGAUGUCUCUCCGGGCAAGAUGAGGCCGCUCUUAGCUAAGAAGCCAAUAUCACGUCAGUAUGCCACCGAGGAGGCCAUGGUGUCAUAUAUUGACACCUCCCCAGCAGAAACGGGCCCUGGAAAACCACCUUUAGAAAAAAGCUCCUCAUUCAGUGGACAGAGUAACUGUGAGCAGGAAACUGUCACUUCAGCAAAUGUGGGUCUGGCUGAAAUUAAACCCCUGGCAGACCAAAUGCACCCGGCAACAGAGCAUUUGCCAGAAAACGCUCUAACUCAGACUUGUGCUAUUUCUUCAGAAGGGCUUCAGAAAGGCUCAUCUGUCCCCACAAAUGAUUAUGAAGCAAAGAAAACUAACUGGGGAGCAGAACAGGAAAGCAACCUUGGCCAAGUGCAGAUUCAGCAAGAGUUCACUGGAGGCUCUGAACAAAAGUUGGAAUCUGAACCUGUGGGUGAAACCUCAUCUCCAUCGGAGGGAGCUGACAUUAGCGAUCAGCUUAAGCACCAACUUGAUUUAAGCCACCGUGUGCCUGGGAGUAUCUGCUACGAAUCAGAGACAGCGACAGUAAAUUCACUCAGUGAAAAAAGUUCCAAGCAGGAAAAUGAUAUUGCAUCAGGUAUUACGACCAAAAGUGCCUCUGAUAACAGCAGGGCAGAUGAGAUGCUGGGGAGCACGGAAGAGCCUUCACUGAAAGAGCCUUCUCCGAGUGAUGAUUCCAUAAUUUCUCCAUUGAGUGAAGAUUCUCAGGCUGAGACAGAGGAUGUUUUUGUGUCUCCAAAUAAACCGCGCACUACUGAGGAUCUAUUUGCAGUUAUUCACAGAUCCAAGAGGAAAGUGCUGGGACGGAAGGAUUCUGGAGACCUGUCCGUACGAAACAGGUUGAGAGGCACAUGUGGGAGCAGCAACACGUUGGCACCAGCCAGCAGCGCCGCCCCUGCCAGCACUGUGCCGCCGGCCGCCGCCGGCGCGUCGCCCGCGAGCAGCCAGAGGUCCCCGGGGCUCAUAUACCGCAAUGCCAAGAAGUCCAACACAUCCAACGAGGAGUUUAAGCUGCUGCUCCUAAAGAAGGGCAGCCGGUCCGACUCUAGCUACCGGAUGUCCGCCACAGAGAUCCUGAAGAGCCCCAUCUUGCCCAAGUCACCCGGAGAGCUGCCCGCAGACGCCCCUGCGGCCCCAGAGGAGUCCCCCCAAGCGGGCAGCCCCGACGCGUCGUCCCCGCUUUCGCCCUGCUCGCCCAGAGUCAACGCGGAAGGGUUCUCCUCCAAGAGCUUCUCCAUGUCGGCAUCGUGCCGAGUGGGGCGCUCGCGGGCGCCCCCGGCAGCGAGCAGCAGCCGGUACAGCGUGCGCUGCAGGCUCUACAACACGCCGAUGCAGGCCAUCUCCGAAGGGGACACGGAGAACUCGGACGGCAGCCCGCACGACGACCGGUCCUCGCAGAGCUCCACGUAG